CAUAAAAAAUCAAUCUUCUUUCUCUUUUUACUUCCCACCAUACAAAACUACUCUCAACCAUAUCGGACCAUUGUCUUAUUCAAACAUCAAACUUGAUUCAUUGCUUUUCAGCGUUUAGUACCCCGUCGAAAUGGAAGCUAUAAUGAGAGUGGCAUCAAAGAAAGGAGUGGUAAUAUUUAGUAAGAGUACAUGCUGUAUGUGCUAUACUGUCAAAAUUCUAUUCCACGAACUCGGUGUGAACCCGUUGAUUCAUGAACUUGAUCAUGAUCCUGAAGGAAAAGAUAUGGAGAAGGCACUGAUGAGGAUGGGUUGUAACACAGCAGUACCAGCCGUGUACAUUAAUGGUCAAUUUGUUGGAUCCACCAAUGAAAUUAUGUCUCUCCAUCUUGGUGGUUCGUUGCUCCCAUUGGUCAGACCCUACCAAGCUAUAUGGUGAUGAAUCAUGACAGCUUGCUCUCAGCUUACAAGAAUAAGAAUGCAUGGACAAAAUUCCAUAUAAUUUAUCGCUUUGCAAUGUAAUAUUAGGCACUAGCUACUAAUUAAUUAAUUAGCAGAUUAAGCUCGACAAUUAGUGGUCAAUUAUGCCACAAUAAAGGAGAAAGAGUACGCAUAUAUCUCUCUUAUCUGCUAAUGAAAACGUUCAUUUUUCUUACACUA